AACUUGAAUAUUCCCAAUAUCAAUAGAGUUUCAUGUAUUUCAUCUCGCUACAUACCAAAUUUAGGGUUUCAAUUAUAAAUCUCUUUGUAGAAAAAAUCAUAUAGUAACAUGUCUUCAGAUGAUCCGCCUGCGUGUUGCCAUGUCUAUAAUUCAGAUGAUAAUUGUGGAAGCAUGAGCAACGAAACUGCAAUGAAGAUUAUUCGGGGUAUGGUGUCUGGAAUUGGUGAAUAUUCAGUUAAGAGAAAGAAAUGUGCGAAGAAAUGGCGUACUGAUAAUAUCCCUGCUAUGAAAAUUGCGAAUAUCGCUCAAGUUACCAAUGUUGCUAAUGCUGGAAAUCAACCCAUAAAUAAUGGAAAAGUUGUUAUUCAUGAUAUUAAGGAAGAAGUUGUUGAUACUGCAGAUGUUAAUAGACUAAUGAAGGAGAACGUUAUGUAUGUUGAAAAGUGCGUUGCAAAAAAAACACGUGGCAAGAAGAAAUCUGUUGGCAAAUAUGUGGAUAAGAAAGAUAAACAAAAAUCUGUAGCGAACGCAUGGGUCUCAAAUCAAGUUAUCGAAGAAUUGGUCAUUAGGGUUAAACAAUAUUCUUGGAAGAGCAACAUAGGAAAUGCAAAAACCAACGCAACUAAUGUUAUGGAUUAUGGUAUUCAUGUCAUCACUUUUCUAUCGUUGGGACUAUAGAAAGGAAGCUAUGUUUGACAACACCUCUGAAAUGUAUGCUUCUGGCAGCAUAUCCCAGUGAACAUAUCAAAGCAAUGUUUUGGUAAAAAGCAAGAUGUUAUAAAGAUGAUCGACAUUGAAGAUUGGAAAGGUUAUAAUUGUGUUCUUCAUAGAGCUUUGCCGGAUUCAUAUGAGAAGAAUAUUGGCCAUGGAUGGUAUGAAUUUUCCAAAGAGAAGAAGCUUGAAGUCGAUGACGUGUUAUAUUUUAGCAUGAUCCCUAUGGAAGAUUAUAUGUCUGCUCAUGUAAUAAGGGGUUGAUAUAUGUUGUUCCAUUUGAAAUAUUUGAAUGCAAGUAACUGUUCUGAGAGAAUUUUAACGCCGAAGUUGUUAUAAGUACAAACUGUUAUUAUAUGAAUCAAUAUAAGCACCUUAUUAUUGUUGA